UGUCAAUACUGUUGUGUAACAUUUUAGGUUAUGUUAUGUUAUCAAAGAUUUGACUUGUUUAGUUAUUUGGGGCUCUUCUGAUUUUAUUUAAAAAAGCUUCUUUUGAGCCUUAUACUUAUCUCUAUAUCAAGAAAUUUUGGUCCCUUAUCCUCAAAAAAAUGGCAGCCAACGUAACUAAGAAAGUAGGACUAUUCAAGAGGCUUUGGAAUGAUGUCCCUGAAAUAGUUGGAAGUGCCGCUUUUGCCAUUGUUGGCUUAGGGUUAACGAUAACGGCAAAUAUACUAUACAUCAAGAAAGAUGGUGAUAAUAGGCCUUACAAACCAUUUUACACAGUGUAUCGUCAUGAUGAUCCCCGAGUCUCAACUCUAAAAACCUCUUGUGAAGAAACUAGCAGUGUAUAAAGAAAAAAACAAUAAAUGUAAUUGUAGUAGUUUUUAUUUCAUAAUAUAUACAGUUUGAUUAAAUAAAUAUUGGUUAAUAA